CACCUCUCUCCGAGUCCUAUAUUGUCAUCGCUAGUGGGACAGCUGUUGUUUCAAUUAAUUUAUCCGAAAAAAGCGUACGCUGCAAGGAUUGACAACCAAUAAGUGAAUCCCAUCCAGGCCCACAAUCUAAGAUGUCGCACACUAUUCUACUCGUACAGCCUGGGGCUCGCCCGGAGACUCGCACUUUCUGCGACUACGAGAGCGUCAACGAGUGCAUGGAGGGCAUGUGCAAGAGCUACGAGGAGUAUCUCAGGCGACUCUACCCUAACAAACUGACAAUUGAAUACGAAAUCAGUCAGCUUUUCGAUUUCAUCGAUACGAUGAAGGACAUCUGCUGCUUGGUGUACCAGAAGACCACCAAAACCUAUGCUCCGUUCAACAAGGAGUGGAUCAAGGAUAAGAUUUAUGUGCUGCUUCGUAGCUCGGCAUCCAUUGUCAGCGCUUGAAACGAGGCGAUGUCACGCAGAUCAAAGCUACAAGAAGAAGAACCACAAGCACGAUUCACACCUCCAACAUAAUCUGAACCGUGUUGAUCUGACGUACUCUAAAAUCAAUCAAUCAAGUGUAUUCCUUACUUAACAAGAACUAAUAAAAUGUAGAAACUCAC